AUGUGUGUUUUGGUUCUAUUGUGUUGCCAGUUGAAAUCAGAUGACCUUGUCUACCUUCUCAUUCAAGAAAUUAUUGCAAAGAUUGAAUCAGGAUGUGGAUAUCAGCAGAGUCUUCCAUACCUGUCUCUGAUUGGUCAGUUACUGCAAACCAUUCCUGCCUUGGCACCAACUCUAGCUCAACAUGGAGACAGUCUGCUGGACUAUCUGGUCUCCGGCCUUGCCUCCCCAUCAGAAGAUGUCAAAACGAGCAUCGUCUUCCUCCUGGCACGACUCCUGGGCCCGCUGCAUGAGAAUGACAUUUAUCCCCAGCUCAGCGUACAAAUCACUCAUGCCAUACUCGCCAUACUAUCAUCAGCUAAGUCACUAGAGCUACAGACGAAUGGCAUAGGGUUGCUGAGGAGACUCUUAGAGAUCAAGGAACUAACCCUUCUCUUGAUGAGGCCAGACACCCAACCUAGUUUUUCUUCUGUAAUGAAGAAGAUCCUCCUGAACAGGAAUGAGGUGCUUCAGAUCAGUUGUGUUCAAUGCAUAUCACAGGUGGUAGUACAGGAUUCUCUCGAAAUAGGGUACAGUGGCCCCUCCCACACCCAGGCACUUCUCCAGGAGGACAUGGCUGAAUUCCUCUUUGAAGCACUUUCAACCACCAAUGAUCUUAUGCUUGGCUCUAUCUUCUGUUGUCUUCUGCUACUGUCCAAGCACGAGACUUUCUUCACCAAGUGCCACACUGUCUAUGGGAUAGAGGCCAUUGUGAGAACAUUGCAGAACUGCCAGAAGAUAAGCUGUACUGAUACACUCACACAAGGGUAA